GGCGAAGGCGUGGGACGAGAUGAACAAGGAGUACCUCGAGGCCCAGGCGGCGAAGCAAGCGGCGCGCGAGCAGAUGGCGGCGGCGAGGGGGCUCGACGGGGAGACGGCGGAGGCGCUCCUCGCCGCCGGCCAGCGCCGCCGCCCAAAGAAGCGCGCGCGCCGCGGCGAGCAGGGCGGACGCGGCGCCGCGUCGUCAGCGGCGGAGGCAGUCGAGGGCGAGCUGCGGCGCAACAGGCAGCUCUCCUCGCGCAUCAACUACGACGUGGUCUCGCUGCUCGCGCAGUCAGUGCCAGAGGACGCCGCAGCCAUGCCCGGCGGCGGCGAGGGAGGAGGCGGAGGCCUCUCGGUGCCUCUCGGCAGCCUCGCGCCGCCGCGCUCGCCGCGCGAGGAAGAGCGCUUCUCUGAGACGCUCUCCGAGGGCGCCUCGCGCGGCUCGCCCGGCUACUACUGACCGGCACUCUGACCCGGGGUCCACUUCGGCCCCCCAGCCCCUUGUCCAUGCGUGCCGUCCUCGCUCUCUCUGCUGUGCAUCACAGCACACACGCCCGCGUGGCGGACCGUCCCGCCGAGCUCCUCUCCGCUGCCGCCCCUCGGCUGCACACCCUCUCCCGUAGCGAGGUGCGCCAGUACCUCUUGGGAGGCUGGGAGCGCGCUGUGUUUCCCUAUCUGCAGAGAGUGCGCCGUGUUGUUGAGUCCACACGCGCGGCGGGGUGUCCCGUGAGCCGUGUCCCGCUCGCGCAUGUGGAUGUGUCACUGUCACAGAAUUUUCAGAGCGGUCUUUUGUGCUUGUGGCCGGCUAAGUCCGCUCCGGCUUAUCUGGCUGUGGCUCUAGUUCUCUGCCAAGUUCUGGCUGUUGUCCCUCGUCAAAAUUAGUUUUGUAUCGGUACUGUGUAGGGC